AUGUUGUAUUAUUUUGUUUUUGCUCUCUUUGAGGCUAAAUAUGACUUUAAAUAUACUGGGAGACCAGAAUCACAAAAACUCACUCCUGGAUUAUAUAAGCUUGAAGUUUGGGGUGCCCAGGGUGGUGGCUACAGUUCUAAUUCCGAUAACUGUGGCGGCAAAGGAGGCUAUUCUAUUGGCUACCUAGCUCUAUCGCAAGAAACAACUCUCUUUGUCAGAGUUGGUGGAAUGGGAAAAGCUCCUAAUGACUAUUAUAAAGCAGAAGGCGGUUCUAAUGGAGGAGGCUUUGCAUAUGGAGGCAGUAAUCGGUAUGAUAGUACUAUUCACCAACCCGGAUAUAGUGGUGGCGGUGAGACUGAUAUAAGGGUUAUAGCUGAUUCAAUAAGUUAUAGAAUUAUUGUGGCUGAAGGCGGAGGCGGUGCUGGUACGGGUUAUAAGACGUCCGGCGGCUAUGGAGGCGGGCUAAGAGGAGGUGGUAGCUAUGGAGCAGGACAAGAUGAUCAAAGAUCUAAUUCUUAUUCUAGUAAUGAAUAUCGCUUUCAGCAAUUUUAUGGAGGAAAUACAAGUGAUUACGGAUGUAUAGGAGCUGGUGGCGGCGGGUGGUAUGGCGGAGGUACACUUAUUGUAUCUGGACACGCUUAUGAUCGUCCAAGCUCUGGAGGAAGUGGUGGUAGCGGUUAUGUCUACACAUCAUCAACUCAAAGUCAGCAUCCUAAUGGAUACAAUAUUGGCUCAAAAUACUAUUUGACCAGUGCCCAAACAAUUGAUGGAUCGCAAGAUAUAACAAAUCCUGAUGGGACUAAGACAACAGGACAUGCAGGGGAUGGAUAUGCAAGAAUUACAUACAUUGAUUACAUUAACUACACUAGCAACGGAUACUCAUCAUUUGUUGAAGGACUUGUAUCUCCAGAUUGCCCCAUUUCAGUAGAAAUCAAGUCAACAUUUCUUGAUAAAAGCGUUACAAGCAUCCUUGGACAGGCAUUUAAAAAUAAUCAAUGCAUUAACGAAGUUAUUAUUCCAAGUACAAUUUCUUCUAUUGGAAGUCAGGCUUUCGAAGGAUGUAUAAAUCUUGUCAAUGUUACUUUUCUAUCACAUACUUCACUUUCAACAAUAGAUAGGGAAGCAUUUAAAGGGUGUACCAAACUCCAAAGAAUCAAUGAUUUUUCAUCUUUAAAGACCUUAGCAGAUAAUGUUUUCCAAGAUUGUACUUCCCUUCAACAAAUUAUCAACAUGCCUCAAGUUACUACUUUUAAUAAAUAUUGUUUUCAAGGAUGUACUUCCCUUGAACAAAUUGGUGAUCUGCCUCAAGUUACUUCCAUUGAUAAAUACUGUUUCCUAAGGUGUGUAUCAUUGAAGAAAAUUGGUGAAAUGCCAAAGAUCAAAACUCUUCCAAUUUCAUGCUUCGAAGGAUGCACAUCACUCCAACAGAUCGGAGAUAUACUGAGCACUAAAUACAAUAAUCCAAUAGUUAAUUUUUCUUGUUGUUUCGACUUAACUUCGCUUCCUGAUAAUGCAUUCAAAGACUGCCAUUCACUGAAAGAAGUCAUUUUCCCACCAACAUUGACAACAGUUGGUCCUAGUUGCUUUGCAAACUGUCUUACAUUGAAGUUUGCAGAUUUUCCACCAAAGACCACAACAAUUGGGGAAGGUUGUUUCUCUGGUUGUACCACAAUAGAUUAUAUUUAUAUUCCUAGUUCCAUUACUAUUAUUAGUCCUUUUAUUUUUUGUUCAUGUGGCAUCAAAAGUUUAACCAUUAAUUCACGUUCAACUGUUUAUGGAAAUGCAUUCGUGAAUUGUACAAAUCUCAGCAGAAUUGAGAUAUUUGAUGAAGCUGUAAUUAUGCCUGACGCAUUUGCUCUUUGUGACAACAUCAAAGACAUUGCUAUAUAUGAACACGUAACUUUAUAUGUUAACGCGUUCAGCUCCAUUCAUCCUACUGUUUACUAUUUCGGCACAACUAAUCAAUGCCCAAGACAAACUGAAUUUGAAUUGCAUAGACUUAAUGACACUCAGAUACUUGUUUCACCAGAUUAUUUCUCAGAUAAGUACGCAUCAAUCAAAGCCAUCAGAAUCAAAUCAUACUCAUUUUCUCCAACAGAAAAUCAGUUGGCAGUGAGAUGCUCAAAAGUUCCUUAUUACAACGAUAUCCGCAGAGUUGCCUUUCGUGCAUUCUCAGUGAACAUCAUGAGAGUGCUAUAA